GCAGUACUGUAGGCCAGCCAGGAGCUUCGGGUUGGGCACCAAGCCGGGUGGGGGCCCGGCCCAGCGGCAGGCUCAGGCUCUGGCCGUGAGUCCAGAACGACAGUGACCCGCAACUGGCGAGCCAUGCACGAUAUGCGCCGGUACCGGCACCACUACCCGGAUUUGGUGGAACGAGACUCCAACGGUGACAUGCCCAACUUGAGUUUCUACAAAAAUGAGAUCUGCUUCCUGCCUAAUGGCUGUCGCGUUGAGGACAUUCUUCAGAAGUGGAAGGACAACUAUGAGCUGCUAGAGGACAAUCACUCCUAUAUCCAGUGGCUGUUUCCUCUGCGGGAACCAGGAGUGAACUGGCAUGCCAAGCCGCUCACACUCAAGGAGGUUGAGGCGUUCAAAAGCUCCAAGGAAGUCAGGGAGCGGCUCGUCCGGGCCUACGAGCUCAUGCUUGGUUUCUACGGCAUCCAGCUGGAGGACCGGGACACGGGUGCCGUGUGCCGGGCACAGAACUACCACAAGCGCUUCCAGAACCUGAACUGGCGCAGCCACAAUAACCUGCGCAUCACGCGCAUCCUCAAGUCGCUGGGCGAGCUUGGCCUGGAGCACUACCAGGCCCCGCUGGCACGCUUCUUCCUCGAGGAGACCCUGGUGCGGCAUGAGCUGCCAGGCGUGCGCCAGAGUGCCCUGGACUACUUCCUGUUUGCUGUGCGCUGCCGGCACCAGCGCCGCGAGCUCGUGCAUUUCGCCUGGCAGCACUUCCGGCCCCGCUGCAAGUUUGUGUGGGGGCCCCAUGACAAGCUGCUGAAGUUCAAGCCUCGAACUAUAGUCCAGCUGCUGGCGGGCCCUGGGCAGGUGGAGGGGGACAGGGUCCUGGAGGAGGACACCCUCCAGGAAGCCAGCACCCAGGGUCAGGCCUGCGGGCCAGAGAAGGACCAGGGAGGGGACAGUGUGUUGGCCGAGGGCCCCCAACCACUCAGUGAAAAGCUCCAGGACCCAGGAAACGUGGAGGGGGACCAGGAGGACCAGGCCGAACCCCCCAGCCCCAAAGAGAGCAAGAAGAGGAAAUUGGAGGCCAACAGGCGGGAGCAGGCCUCAAGGGAGCCCGGCCCCCAGGGUGUGUCCGAGGUGGAAAAGAUAGCCCUCAACCUGGAGGGAUGUGCCCUCAGCCAGGGCAGCUGCGACGCCGGGGAGGCCGAGCAGCCCCGUCACCAGCCCCCAGCAGCCAGGGUGGCGGAGGAGGUGAGGAAGCGGCGGAAGGUGGAGGAGGAUGCUGCGGGUGACGCGGUGGGGAGGACCAGGGUGCCACUGGAGCACCCACUGGAGCACCCUGAGGCCCAAAGCUGUGGGGAUAGGGCCGAGGGGGACCCAGAAAGCCAGGCAGGACUGGAGCAGGAUGCUCCUGGGAGUCCAUCGGACGGGCCUGGGCCUGCCACCACAGGAACCUCAGAGGGUGAGACAGGGCAGGCGGCCCAGACAGAGCCUGUCAACCCUGCAGAGCCUUAAGGGAUGGGGAGCUAGCGCCAUCUUGGCCCUGCCAGCCCCACUGCGGGCGUCUGAGGCCUGGGCGCCCUGCUGCUGGCUCUUGGUGCCCAGCAGUGCUGGCCUCUCCCUGGUGGUCACUAUAGUGGCCGCUGGAAGGACUGAGGCCCUGCCCUCAGGGAAGGCCAAGGCCUUCAGAGCCUCCUUACCUCACUGCACCCCCCCCGGCUCCCCCUCUGAGCCCCAUGUUUGUAAGUAUGGGGGGAGGCCUCGGCGGGAGGGGGUUCAUUUUCUUAGGUGCCAAGCGAGGCCUUUUCUGAAUAAACUCAUUUGACUUUGAGA